AUGUCUGCCCAACAUCAGACUUCCGCAACUACUGAAGCCGCUUCUCUCCCUCACCUUCCAGGGCUUCCAUUCCCUCACAUCCCCCAAAUUGCGCUGAUCAACUGCGACGACACCAAGCAAGAGUUCAUCGACAAGUUCGGGACUGUCCCCCAAAUUUUCUACGACUUGCUUAGGCACUACCUUGGAUCGUUCUUUCCUCUUCCGGGAAAGAAUUUCGGCGACGGCGUCGCAAGUCAAAGCGGCCUCAGUGAAGAAGACGAGGAGAUCAUCAAGAAGCGGGGGAUCCCUCUGGAUCCGCUCAAGUGGUUUGGCUUUCACCGAUUCGACGCGCAGAAGGGACAGCUUCCCAAACUCAACGGUAGCGUCAAGUACGACUGUAUUAUCCUCAGCGGGUCAUCAUCGAGCGUGAACGAUGAAGACAAGUGGAUCUACAGACUUUCGGACCUCAUCUACGAGGUUGCAAUCGGCCACCCAAACAUCAGGCUUGUCGGCGUGUGCUUCGGCCACCAGCUCCUUUGCAAGGUCCUCUAUGCGCCCUCGGUCCACGUCGGGCCAGGUGUCUGGGAAGUAGGCCCUUAUGCAGUCCAGUUAAAUGGCACAGGCACGUCCCUUUUUGGAGGCCUGGGGACUCUUAACCUCGAGAUGUUCCACGCUGAAGCCGUCUUCACAAAAAGCUUCGAGAUCCACUUCCAGCACCUGAGAGAGAAAAUCACCGCGCACUUCAGAUCGAGCAGCGACACGCCGAGCCAAGGCGCCGCGUCCAUACUGAAGCCAGUAAACCCGUUCAAGCCCACGAUCUGGGGAUCGACCGAGGGCACAGCGUGCCAGGGGACGGUCAUUUUCUAUCCCAAAGACCACGGGCUUAACUACGUAGGGCAAACGUUGGGACGCAGAAGCGACGCUCGUGUCCGCGUCCUGACCAUGCAAGGACACCCCGAGCUCACACAGGAUAUGGCAAAGCUGCUGCUCGACCUGUUUUCCAAGCCUGGCGAGGGCAAGGAGGCGAUCCCACCCGAGGUUGCCGAGGAGGCCCGGUUACGUAUUGCGAGCUGGAAGGGGACGCUAGACUGGGUGAGGGUGACUAGGGCGAUAUGGGCAGUAGCGAGCGGGACGAGCUUCAACGACAUGAGGCUGCUGCUUCUGCAUAGGCCUGGUCAGAAAUAGUGCAGUUACGCAAUGUCUGAUGGCAUGUUAGCUCGUAGUUGAGAGGUAUUCAAUUGUAGGAUUAACGUUGAC